UUUCAAGUCGUGCUUCCGGUUAUCUUUCACCACAUGUUGCAAGGUGGUCGUUUGUGUUGAUGUUUUCUGUAGUACAUGUAGACGUUGUGGCGUAAAUAUUUUUACUCUUUUACUACACUGUAGGGGCCUAACUGUGUAACUUCUGCAUUAGCGUUCCCACUUUAUACUCAGCAGUCAACAUUUCGGUGUGGGACCUAAUAGACUGAGUGUAGAAGGAAAGCAUGAGUAGCCAAAAAGGAAAUGUGAACAGAUCUCGCAAGCAGAAGCAUCAAAAUACAUCUGUCUUCAGAAAUGAUAUGUACAACAAAUCCAAGAAGGUGGCAAGCCUCAAUGAAACAAAACUCCCAGGCUUGUGUCAACACUGCAGAGAAAAGAUUGAGUGGAAAAUAAAAUAUGCAAAAUACAAACCACUCACUGUUCCCAAGAAAUGCAUUAAAUGCAGUGAGAAGACAGUGAAGAAAGCGUACUAUAAUAUCUGUUUGCCCUGUGGACAAGCCCGAGAGAUCUGCUGUAAAUGUGGAGAGAAGAAGGACAUUGUUGAACAACCUGGGUUGAGCGCAGAGCAGCAGGCAGCUGAAGACAGUCGACUCGAACAAGAGGUCAAGUAUCUCACGGAGAGGCAGAGACGAUCAUUCUUUCGUCUACAAGCACAGGGGAAGUCGUCAGCCGACUUUGUGGAGAAAUGCAGGGAAGGUCAGGACAGUGAUGAUGACCCUGAUGAGGACAAUGUUGAUGAUCCAUCCGACGAAAGUGUUGGAUGUGAUGAUAGUGAUGACGACCAGGCAGAAGGUAGAACAAUUCCGACAGACAAUGCAAACCCACCUGGCAGGAAUAUCCAAUCAGAUGCAAAAUUGGAACCAUGACCUUGAGAAGGGAAUAAUGACUUGACUUGUAAAUAAACCGUGUAUAUUUA